CUCUCAGUUCCUGCUCGUGUCCCCGGAAUCCUGCGUGUCCGGCGUCAAAGGGUCCUGCUCCUCACCCCUCGACGUGUUCCUCACUUGCAAAAGUUUGAGAACCGGGAACAUCACUCUCUUCCACCUCCCACAACCACUGGAGCUCAUCGACUUAUACGGCCAAUCCUUGGAUCGCCAACCUCGCCGACUUACAUCACCGCUGUAGCACCACCAUCAUGCAGCAGCCAGUCAACCAACCCGCCGCGGCCCAGCCCGCUCCCGUAACCAUGAUCGUGCCCAAGUAUUCUGCCGAUCGCGAGCCCGGCAUGGAGCACAUCCCCCGUCACCCCAAGGGCUUCGUCGCGAUCCGCAUCAUCCAGCUGCUCUUCUGCGUCAUCUGCAUUGGCCUCUCGGGAUACAUCCUCGCCGUCGCUGCCUUCCCGGCCGCCGGCUUCAUGAUCUUUGUUUGCGUUGUCACUCUCAUCAUGUCAAUCUACAACAUUGUCGCCCUUACCAAGGCCCACAAGUUGUACAACUACUGGGCGGUUCUCGCCUUUGAGAUCUUCCUUUUCAUCUUCUGGCUCGUCGCCUUUGCCUACAUGGCCGCCACUGCCGCCAUUGUUCUCGCCUACUGGGCCACAUAUGCCGACUACUACGACUACUACUACAGCUACAGCUACGGCGACGCCUACAAAGCCCUGGGCGCCAUCAUGGGCGCAGCCGCCGGCAUUGGCGCCUUGACCUGGAUCCUUUACUUCAUUUCUCUCGUGAUGAACAGCGUCUUCAUCUCGCGCCACCGCUCUGUCGGUCUCCACAACACUCCUGGCGCCACCACUGCUGCGCCCGUGGCGGCGGCUGCCGCCCCUGCUGCUGGUGAGAAGGUCGAGAUGCGACCCCAGCAGCCUGGCCAGAUCUAUCCUCAGGCCUCAGGCUACUCGCAGGCGGCUCCCGCGUAUGGUGCUGGUGCCAUGCCUCCCCAACAGGGCUUCUACCCGCAGCCGUCCAUGUCGCCUCCUCCCCAGCAGAUGUCGCCCCCGCCACAGCAGUUCCAGCAGUAUCCUCCCCAGCAGUACCCCCAGCACUCUGGUCAGGCUGGCUACCCGCCUCAGCCUCAGGGACAGUAUCCAGUUUCAUCACCUUCCGUUGAUGGGAGCUACAACCAGUCCAUGCCCGCGCAGACUACCGGCGGCUCGUAUGUCCAAGGCAACCCCGUCGCGUUCCCCAACAGCCACAGCGCGGCCGAGCAGCAGCCGGGUGCGCCCGUACACGAGGCGCAUGGUCAGUCUUAUGACCCGCAUGCGCCGAAGGAGAUGCAGUCUUAAGUGCCGGCAAACAUGUGAGAAAGCUGAGAGAAGCCUUGGAGGAU